AAAUAAAAGUUAAAUUCACCAACCACAUAGGACCAAGUCACUUGAUACAUGUUUGAAGAACAGAGAAGAGAUAGCUAGAAAAUUUGCAGAAGAAUUUGCAUAGGAACACAAAAAAUAAUGGCAAAUAUUCCUCGAGUGAAGCUUGGAAGCCAAGGCCUGGAGGUUUCCAAGUUGGGAUAUGGUUGUAUGGGCCUGACUGGAGUAUACAACGAUCCUGUUCCUCAAGAGGUUGGCAUCUCUUUGAUCAAAUACGCUUUCACCAAAGGGAUCACCUUCUUUGAUACUGCGGAUAUGUAUGGAUCACAUGCCAACGAGGUUUUGGUCGGAAAGGCGCUCAGGGACCUGCCUCGAGAUCAAAUUCAGAUUGCAACAAAGUUUGGGAUUGUCAAAAUGGAAUCUGGUAAUGUGAUAGUGAACGGUUCCCCUGAGUAUGUUCGAUCCUGCUGCGAGGGUAGCCUCCAGCGUCUUGGUGUGAGCUACAUUGAUCUGUAUUAUCAGCACCGUGUUGACACCACUGUACCCAUUGAGGACACUAUGGAAGAGCUUAAGAAGUUGGUUCAAGAGGGAAAGAUAAGGUACAUAGGAUUGUCGGAAGCAAGCCCUGACACAAUUAGGAGGGCACAUGCUGUUCAUCCCAUUACUGCUCUGCAAAUGGAGUGGUCCCUUUGGACUCGUGAAAUUGAACAAGAUAUUGUUCCACUUUGCAGGGAACUUGGAAUUGGAUUAGUACCAUACAGUCCCCUGGGGCGUGGAUUUUUUGGUGGCAAGGCUAUCACAGAAAGUGUACCUGCAGAUAGUUUUCUGGCAAUUCAACCAAGGUUACAAGGGGAGAACUUUGACAAGAACAAAAUCAUAUAUUCUAAGAUAGAAAAGUUGGCAGAGAAGUAUGGAUGUACAUCUUCACAACUGGCUCUUGCAUGGAUUCUUCAUCAAGGAGACGAUGUGGCUCCCAUCCCUGGAACAACGAAGAUAAAAAAUCUCGAUAGUAAUAUCGGUUCAUUUGAAGUGAAGCUUAGCAAAGACGACAUAAGGGAGAUUACAGAUGCUGUACCAAUAUCUGAUGUGGCUGGAGAUUGGACUACUGAUACGUUUGUUAGAUGUUCUUGGAAGUUUGCUGAUACUCCACCAAAAGCAUAACUAGAUAUACCAGUUAUAGUUAAGCGCUCAGAUCUUUCUUUUCAUCGAGUUUCUGGUCUCCUUGCAUGCUCCCAAAUACAAUGGCUCCUCAAAAACUAUUGUUACAGACUUAUAGGUCAUUUGGUGCUGUACGGGUAACUUACAAAACUUAUGUUGUAUGCGUAAUUAUGUGCAUGUUAUUCAAGGAUGACACAGACAAUGUAGGUGAUCUAAAUUAUGACAAAUCAUGGUUCAAUCAAUGUGUGACUGAUUAUUUUUCGGAGUUCAAUAUAUAGUUCAAACUCG